AUGGACACAGGACUCUCGGGGCUGCUGCUCCUGCUCUGUGCCCUUCCCUGGGCUGAAGGUGGGAAGGUGCUGGUGUUUCCAAUGGAGGGGAGUCACUGGCUGAGCAUGAGGGAUGUCACCAAGGAGCUCCAUGCCCAAGGCCACCAAAUUGUGGUCCUGGCUCCAGAUGUGACUCUUCACAUCAAAGGAGAAGACUUCUUCACCUUCAAAACCUAUGCCUUUCCGUACACCAAUGAAGAAUAUCAGGAAAAAAUACUGGGAAAUGCAAAGAAGGCCUUUGAAAUACAAAAUACUGUGAAGUUGUUUUUUGAAAGUGUGGCAGCUCUAAGAAAUUUUUCAGAACUCUAUGCAAAUUCUUGUGUAGCGCUACUGUACAAUAAGACUCUGAUCCAGCAACUGAAUUCCAGUUCCUUCGAUGUGAUCUUAACGGACCCCAUUUUUCCCUGUGGGGCAGUGCUGGCCAAGUACCUACAGAUUCCUGCUGUGUUUUUUCUGCGUUCCAUUCCCUGUGGCAUAGACUAUGAGGCCACACAGUGUCCAAACCCUUCUUCCUAUGUUCCAAGGCUACUCACAACACUUUCUGACCACAUGAGCUUCCUGCAAAGAGUCAAGAACAUGCUGUACCCUCUGACCUUGAAGUACAUUUGCCAUAUCUCAUUCUCUCCCUAUGAAAGUCUUGCCUCUGAGCUUUUGCAGAGAGAGGUGUCCUUGGUGGAGGUUCUCAGCCAUGCAUCAGUGUGGCUGUUCCGAGGGGACUUUGUGUUAGACUACCCCAGGCCCAUCAUGCCUAACAUGGUCUUCAUUGGGGGUGUAAACUGUGCCAGCAGGAAGCCACUCCAUCAGGUCUGUAUUCUGCCUUUAUCGCAAUAAUU